AUGGCGGCGAUGGCGGGGCGCGCCCUCACGCCUGUGUUUUUCCACCCCCCCCCGGUGCCAGGCUACCUGAACCGGUUGCGGGUGCACAACGCCGAGGUGCUGCACGAACUGGUGGAGCGCCGGGGGCCCCUCACUCCCCUCCUCACCCUCUCCAACCACCAGUCUUGUAUGGAUGACCCGCACCUCUGGGGUUCCCUAAAGCUGCGGCACGUCUGGAGUCUGCACAAGAUGCGGUGGACCCCCACGGCCGCCGACAUCUGCUUCACCCGGGAGCUGCACUCGCGCUUCUUCAGCCUGGGCCGCUGCGUCCCCGUCUGCCGGGGGGACGGCGUGUACCAGCGAGGGAUGGACUUCAUCCUGGAGAAGCUCAACCAGGGGGACUGGGUCCACGUCUUCCCUGAGGGCAAAGUGAACAUGGGGCAGGAGUUCGUGCGCUUCAAGUGGGGCAUCGGGCGCCUCCUGGCCGAGUGUCGCCUCGACCCCGUCAUCCUGCCCCUGUGGCACGGGGGCAUGAACGACGUCCUGCCCAACGCCCCCCCCUACAUCCCCCGCGUGGGGCAGCGAAUUACGGUGGUCGUGGGGCGACCGUUCAGCGUCCGGCCCCUCUUGGAGCGACUCCGGGCUGAGGGUACGUCAACGCCCUCCUGCCCUUGGCGAAAGACCCUGAACUCUCUCGGUCAGGACUCCGGCAGCGGAGGCGAUCUUCGUCCCGAUAAGAGAGAUGCCAACAUCAGGAUGGACCCGAAGCCACCGUGCUGCUGGCCCCUGGCGAGCCCUGAAGAAGUGAAAUCCUCCUGCGGAAAAUAUUUUAAUAAAUUUAUUUUUUUUUUAAUAAAGCUGGAACAACAAGCCCAGUCCCAUGCUGUCCUUCCCAUGGAGACCACCCAGAGCGUGCUGAGCAGACAGGGUCAUUCCCGGCUUGUGCUGCUGCCUGCGGGACGGCACGCCGGGAUCCGGGGUGUCCUUGCGGAAAAUUCCCAGCUGCUCCGCUAG